AUGGGUCUCCUCUCAAAUCCCCUCCGCACACGUCGAGGACGGCCCUCGAGGCUGCCCUUCUACGAAAAGGUCCAGAAGGAGCGACUGUCCGACGACGAAGCCUACUACGCAUCAUCCGACGACUCUGAUGUUUACUCCGACGAGUCGCUCCCCAGCACCGGGAGCUCGAGGCAAUCCGCCUCGUCCCACACAAGCGAUGCCCUGAUGCUGCCGAGGAAGCCCGUCGGCCCCCAGCGGCCCGGCCGCCUACAAUUCUACAGGCUGCCCAACAAGAUCGUGCGCUACAUGUGCCUGGGCCUCGUUCUGUUCAUCGGCAUCAUGAUCUUGAGUCUGGUGCGCGCCAGCCAGAACGAGAACCAGAGGUUAGCCCAAGGCAAGGUCGCCAAAAAGCCCGACCCUCCUCCGCUCUGGGAGCAAUUUGACUUCUUGACGAGGUACUACGGCGGCAUCAGGACCCUGACCCCCGUCGCCAAGAACAAGCCCCAGUACCCAGGCUCGCUGGACGACCUGCCCCUCGACGCCCUCGACGUCAACGUCACCGACACCCAGACCUCAGAGGACGGCAUUGACGAUGCCGCUUCCAAGCGUGCACUGCCCGAGAGCAAGCUCUUUGUCAACCACCCCGGCUCCAUCUUCACCACCAACCCCGAGCACGUCCACGAGUGCUUCCUCGACGCCGACAACAAGGUCCGCGUCCCUGCGCUUCGCUACUACGAGGGCCGCCCCCAGGGCUUCCCCGACAAUGUCCUGGGGUCUUACGAGCUCCUCGGCUUGCCUGAUGACAUCUGCUACGAGCGUUACGGAAGAUACGGGCCCUACGGCUUUGGCUACUCUCUCCGCGCUGGCGGUCUCGGUGUCGGCGAGCACGGCGAGCUCGAAGGUUCCUCGUCUGUCUGGGAGGACUCCAAGGUCGAUUACACCAAGGUGAACUGGGCUGAUGCGCAGCGACGGUGCUACCAGAGCAACGAGGCUCGGUACAAGUCACUGCCCCCGCGCACACCUUCGUCCCACGGCUUCUACAUCGGUCAUGGUUCGUCGUCUGGCUCCCUGGCCGCUCGAGACGCCGAAGCUGCCGCCCCUCCUGAUACCAAGUCGAACGCUACCACGACACCUCCUGCCAAGACCAACGACGCCACAGACAAGGUCGACCACGUGGCCGAGUCCGACAAGAGGUCGCGCACUGCCAUCGUCAUCCGGGCCUGGGACGAAUACCUCUUCCGUGAAGACGAUGUUAUGAACAUUCGCUCCAUCAUCUCUGAGCUUUCCCUCGCUUCUGGCGGCCGCUACGAUAUUCACCUGCUUGUCCAAGUCAAGAACGACGGCGCUCACCCGAUCUGGGCUGAUCACGAAGCCUACGAACAGCGCAUCAAGGAUAGCAUCCCUGAGGAGUUCAGGGGCUUGGUGACACUCUGGACCGAGACGCAGAUGCUUUCCAUCUACCAGGGCAUGCACGACCUUUUCAGCAGGGGCCCGGACCUACCCGUCCACGGUGUGUACCGCGGUCUGACCAUGGCCCUACAGUACUUUGCCUACAACCACCCCGAGUACGAUUACUACUGGUCGUGGGAGAUGGACAUUCGCUACACCGGUCACCACUACGACCUGCUGUCCAAGGUGGAGAACUGGGCGCGUGAGCAGCCUCGCAAGGGUCUCUGGGAGCGCAACUCUCGCUUCUACAUCCCGAGCAUCCACGGCUCGUGGGAGGAUUUCCGCCAGAUGUCGCGCGUCCAGACCGAGAUGGGCACCACGAAUGCCGACAACGUCUGGCACGAUAUCCCCGGCGCCAAGAGCAACGACAAGGCGGCAACAACGGGGGAGAAGCCCAUCUGGGGUCCUGAGCGUCCCACUGACGAGGACGACUGGUUCGAGACGGAGAACGAUCCAAAGUCGCCCACCGGUUCCGAAAAGGAGAAGAGCGCUUGGGGCAUCGGCGAGGAGGCCGAUCUCAUCGCGCUGAACCCCAUCUUUGACCCGGAAGGCACCACUUGGGGCCUCGCCGAGGAUAUUACGGGCUACAACAAGAACAACCGCUCCGAGCCCCUGCCGCCGCGCCGCGCCCACAUUGUCACGGCCUCGCGCCUUUCCCGCCGCCUUCUCAUGACCAUGCACCGCGAGACGGCCCACAAGAAGCACUUUGCGUUCCCCGAAAUGUGGCCUGCGACGGCCGCCUUCCACCACGGCUACAAGGCCGUCUUCGCCCCGCACCCACAGUUCGUCGACCGCGAGUGGCCCAUUCAGUACUUUGGCGCCGUCCUCAACGCCGGCAAGAACGGCGCCAGCGGCGGCAGCCGCAUGUCCGUCUUUGGUCAGCGCGAGCACAACAUGCGCGGCCUCACGUGGUUCUACAACUCGGGCUUCGGCCCCAACCUCUACCGCCGCUGGCUCGGCCUCAAGGUCAACAAUGACGGCGGCGAGGAGUUUGAGCUCGUCGAGGACGCCACCAAGGACGGCAAGACGGUCGGCCACCUGCGCGGCGGCGAGGGACGCAUGUGCCUCCCGCCCAUGCUCAUCCACCCCGUCAAGGACGUCGAGCUCCCGGUCGAGGGCAAGAAGGACCCCGAGGAGGAGAAGAAGCAGGCCGCCGAGAAGGAGGCCGAGGACAGGCUCAGGCAGAAGGAGGAGGAGGAGCAGGAGGGCGGAAACGGCGGCAAGGAGGUUCCGCAGUCUGGGCCGGGAUCUUGA